AUGAAGGCGGGCAUUUUGAUGAGGGCUUUGUUAUGUAAAAUCAAGUGCCCAUUCAUCUGCUUCUGCAAGCCCUCUGCAGCAGCCCAUCAUCAUCUUUACAGUCAACGGCCAUUGAAAUUGGACAACAACCCACAUGUUGUUGUGCCCUCCUCAACAACAACAGAAGAACAGUUUGCUGUUGUUCCUAAUGCCCUCGAGAAGUCAUCCUCUGAUGAGGGCUUGAAAGUGAACGGAGGAGAUCAACAGGCUGAGAAUACAGCAGUGCUCAAGAGCUGUUUGAAGAAAUUCCCCAAUGAGCCUGAUGCCGCCACAGAGGCUGUGAAGAGAAGUGUAAGAUGGAUUGAUGCUUCAGGACAACAACUUGCUGAGAUCAAAGAGUUUGAGUCCAGUGAAACAGGGGAUACUGACACUGAAGAUGAAAGCAGCCGGUGUCUUUGCGUAAUCCUCUGA